UGAAACUUAUUUCAAAUAUAGCAUUUUAUAAAGGAAAACUGUAAGAAACUAUGACGAACCAAGCCGCAUCCACAUCCAAGGCUGCCUUUCUGAAGCUGCUGUGCCUUACCAGUGACAAUGACAAGAUGGAGGUGCUCCGCCCCUUCAAUCCCACUGCCUACGGCUUGAACGCCACCUUCCGCUUGACGCGCUUCUCCGAUGCGAAGGGCACUGUUUGCAAGGUGUCGCAGGGAGUAUUGGCGAAGCUGCUCUCGCCUCUGCGUGCGGCCGGUCCCACCGCAAAUCUGAAGACGAAGUACGCGGACCAACGCCGCUUUGGGAUAGGAACGGACUGUUCGGUCACUCCGCUGCGUUACGGCGUCUCCUUGGUGGAGACCACCGAUCUCUGCUACCCCAUCAUUGACGACCCCUACAUGAUGGGCAAGAUUGCGUGUGCCAAUGUGCUGAGUGACUUGUAUGCCAUGGGCGUGAUCGAGUGCGACAACAUGCUCAUGCUACUGACCGUGAGCACCAAGAUGACGGAGAAGGAGCGCGACAUUGUGAUGCCGAUGAUAAUGCGCGGCUUUAAGGACACGGCCUCGGAGGCCGGCACCAAAAUUGGUGGUGGUCAGACAAUUGUGAAUCCGUUUUGCACUAUUGGAGGUGUGGCGUCGGCCGUUUGCUAUCCGGACGAGUACAUUAAGCCGGACAAUAUCAUGGUGGGCGAUGUUAUUGUGCUCACCAAGCCGCUCGGCACUCUGGUGGCCAUGAUUGCGCAUCAAUGGCUCGAUCAGCCGGAGAACUGGGGUCGCAUCAGGAAGGUCGUUUCCCAGGAGGAUGUCCGCCGGGCCUACCACCAAGCCCUCAACUCGAUGGCGCGUCUAAGCCGCACAGCCGCCCGUCUCAUGCACAAGUAUAAUGCCCACGGUGCCACCGAUAUAACCGGCUUCGGCAUAUUGGGUCAUGCCCAAGCCCUGGCCGCCAUCCAGAUGCAGGAGGUCAGCUUGAUCAUUCACAAUUUGCCCGUGAUUGCGAAAAUGGCAGACGUGGCCAAGGCCUGUGGCGACCUCUUCAAACUGCAGGAGGGCCACUCCCCCGAGGUUUCGGGAGGUCUGCUCAUCUGCUUCUCGCGCGACGAUGCCAUUGAAUACUGCAAGGAGAUCUUGGACCUGGAGGGCGCCCAGGCCUGGAUUGUUGGCGUUGUCGACAAAGGCAACAAGACCGCACAAAUUAUCGACAACCCCAAUAUCUUCGAGUCACUCUCCAAGUAUUAAGUUUAAUUUGUUUUAAUCGCUCAACUUUAAAUUAACACUUCAAGCCAACAUAAUGAGAAAAGCUCACACUGUUUAUAUCAAUUGAAACGAUGUUAGCAAAUACGUCAACAAUUUAUUGGUAAAUAAAUAUUCACACAAUAAA